UUCUUGUUCACCUUUUCUGUAGUGUAUGUUUGUAAAUGUGUGUUUCCAGAAGGAUAUAUGGAUAUAUAUUAAUUUGUGUGUGUGUGCGUGUGUUUGAAGUAAGGGAUUUUAGGAGUAUAUAUUUGAGAAGCCAGCGCUGUGGCAUAGUGGGUAAAGCUGCCACUUAAAAUGCUGGCAUCCCAUAUGGACACUGGUUCCAGUCCCAGCUACUCCACUUCCAAUCCAGCUCUCUGCUAUGGCCUGGGAAAGCAGUAGAAGAUAGCUCAAGUCCUUGGGCCCCUGCACCCACAUAGGAGACCCAAAGGAGGCUCCCGGCUUCAGAUCAGUGUAGCUCUGGCCAUUGUAGCCAAUUGGGGAGUGAACCAGAGGAUGGAAGACCUCUCUCUCUCUCUCUCUCUCUCUCUCUCUCUCUCGCCUCUCUUUUUCUCUAUUUCUUUCUGUCUCUGUCUUUCCUUCUCUCUGGGUGUAACUAUGACUUUCAAAUACAUAAACCUUUUUUUUUUUUUUAAAAAAAGAGUGUAUAUAGUUGAACUUGAGGUGUAAUUCUGAACUUAAUUUUCUUGGGUAAAAAACCUAAAAGUACUCCAGACAUAACUGAGUGAUCUUUAAAUAUUCAUGUAUAUAUCACUGUUUGAAUUCAUUGUGCCAUUUUUGUUAGAAAUGAGGUUUUCUAUGUUAGUAAUCAAUAUUUUAGUUUUGAGAGAAUUUUUUUCAAUCUUAUAUUUUUCUUGGGUCAAAAGCCUAUAGACAUAAACUGAAUGAUCUUUAAAUUCCAUGUAUGUAUCACUGUUUGAACUCAAUGUUUCAUUGUAAUUAGAAUGAGACUUUUGGGUCAGUGCCAUGGUUCACUUGGUUAAUUCCCCACCUGUGGUGCCGGCAUCUCAUAUGGGUGCUGGGUUCUAGUCCUGGUUGCUUCUCUUGAAGUCCAGCUCUCUGCUGUGGCCUGGGAUGGCAGUGGAAGAUGGUCCAAGUGCUUGGGACCCUGCACCCACAUGGGAGACCAGGAAAAAGCCCCUGGCUCCUGGCUUCGGAUCGGCACAGCACUGGCCAUAGCAGCCAUUUGGGGGGUGAACCAAUGGAAGGAAGACCUUUCUUUUUGUCUCUCUCUCUUUCACUGUCUAUAGCUCUGUCAAAUAAAUUUUAAAAAAUGAGGCUUUCUACACCAGUAGUCAAUAUCUUAAUCCUGAGAAAAUGUGCCUCAAGAUUUAUGUAAAACUCUUCAUUAUUACUCUAGUUUCUGAAUGAUAUGUCAAUGCACUUGUGUAAAUCACUUAUUUGAACUUGGAAGGUCUUUUUAAAAAUUAAUAGUAAGGCUUUAUAUACCAGUUGUAAACAUUUCAGGUCUAUGAAAAUGGAAGUUUAUCCAGAGUGAAGUAAGCUAUAUUUAAUCCCAAGAUGUAAAAGUAUUUUAGGGUUACAUUUAUGUCAAAUUUAACUAUAAGUUAUAGGAAACAUCCCUUUUAUCCUAACUAUAUUUCAUAUUCUGAAGUCCCUCCACCACGUCCUUAUUUCCAUGCAUCAUUGUCUUUUUUUGCCCAUGAAAUAUGGUCAAGUAGCUACAGGCCUGAGUCAGAGACUCUCUCCUAAAUGAUGCUGAGAGGGGGUCCCCAGCCUUAUAUGUUGGCAGAGAACUGGAUGGUGAGGCACAAAUCCAGGUUCCAUUAGCCCUGAUCACUUCUGCUGAGGGCAUAGUGGUUCCCUGACUACUUCCUCCUCCUCUUUGCUCCAAAUAGAAAUCUCUCCUUUUUCAGCCCACUUUAGCAGAGACCCACAAAUGAGAAACCUGAGUUUCCUGAGGGAUUGGUGGCUAUCACCUAUAAGUGACAAAGAUACUGACUGGAAAGAGGCAUGCCUUUCAUGACUUUUGCUCCACUUCCAAUCCAGCUCUCUGAUAAUACAUCUGGGAAAGCAGCAGAAGAUGGCUCAAGUGCUUGGGUCCCUGUACCCACAUGGAAGACCUGGAAGAAGUCCUGGUUUACUGGGUCAGCCCAGCACCAUCCCAGUUGUUGUGGACAUCUGGGUAGUGAACCAGUGACUGGAAAAUCUCUCUGUCUUGCCCCUCUUCUCUGUACCUCUGCCUUUCAAAUGAAGAAACAAAUUCUUUUUUUUUUUAAAGGAAAUAAAACUUUAUCUUCCACUAAGGAGAAGCAAAUUCCUGUGAAAUCAGCAAUGCUUCCAGAUGAUGUGAACUCUUGGUUAUUACCUAAGUCCCUAUGAGUGACUGAGGUCUUAAAUCUUUUUUAAAAAAUAUUAUUUUGUUUAUUUGAAAGAGUCAUAGAGAGGAGAGACAGUGAGAUAUUCCAGCUACUCAUUCACUCCCCAAAUGCCUGCAAUGGCUAGGGCUAUUCCAGGCAGAAGCCAGAAGCCAGUGACUUCAUCUGGAUCUGCCAUGUGGGUGGCAAAAACUCAAGUAAUUUGGCUAUCAUCUACUUCUUUUGCAGGUGUAUUAUGAGGAAGCUGUAUUGGAAUAGGAAUAGGUGAGGCUCAAACUGUAAGUCUGAUACCAGUGCUGCAACUGGCAGCUCCAUCCAUUGCACCACAACACCAGUCCCAACGGCUUUUCUACUUUUCAGCAUUUUCUUUGAAUUCAAAUUUACUUUAGGCAUGCAUCACUCCACUCCACCUAGAUUUCCAAUUCUCAAGUCUCUCCAUCACCUUCCUGCCUUCAUACAGAUUUCACUUUCCUUCAUAUAACAUACAGUCAUACAGCUGCAGGCUUGAGUCAUGGGAAACCUCCAAAAGGAGGUUGGGUUUGGGCGACCAGCCUCACAUAGUGACGGAGUUCUGGAGGAUGAGAGACACCUCCAGGUUCCAUUAGCUCUGAUCAUUUCUGCUAAGAAUGUCUCUGUUGCUUGUCCAUUACUUCCUCCUUUUUUCUCCCCAUAGAUUUCUUUCUUUCUAUGGCUCACUGUAGUAUAGAUCAUAAAUGGAAAACUUUAGACAGUAUUGUAAGGAAUUGGAUGCUACUAACAAUAACAAACACACCAAGCAGUAAACAUCCCAUUCAUGAUUUAUGCCUCUUUUACUCAAUUAGAUCUAAUAAAUAUACUUGAAUUUAUUUACAGAUCCUAUAGUGAAAAGGUUUAGAUAGUGUCAAAUAGAGUCUAUGUUGCUAAGGAUACUCCUCACAGUGAAUAUUACAUAUCCUGACCUCUCUUUCUUUUCAUGGCCUUUGUCUACAUUGUGUGUGUGUCUGUGUGUGUGUUUGCGUGUGUGCAUGCUGUGAACAGAAGUUUGUGUAAAAAUGUGUAUCUAUUGAUGUGUGUACAUAAAAGAUUUGUACAGAUCACUUCAAAAAUUUCAUGAAGAAUGUACAUUAUAUUCUAAUUCCAUUUUCCAUUAACCAUUUCAAGGCCUCAAAUAUGCAUGUCUGUAUUUACAUACAUGUACAUAUGUAUACACAAAGGAGGGCAUGUCAAAGGUCUGUAGAAGGGGCCAGCACUGUGGCCCACUGGGUUAAAGUCCUGGCCUGAAGUACCGACAUCCCAUAUGGGCGCUGGUUCUAGUUCUGGCUGCUCCUCUUCCCAUACAGCUCUCUGCUAUGGCCUGGGAAAGCAGUAGAAGAUGGCCCAGAUCCUUGGGCCCCUCCACCCAUGUGGGAGACCUGGAAGAAACUUCUGGCUCCUUUCUUCAGAUUGGUGCAGCUCCAGCCAUUGUGGCCAUCUGGGGAGUGAAUCAGUGGAUGGAAGACCUCUUUGUCUCUACCUCUCUCUGUAACUCUGUCUUUCAAAUAAAUAAAAUAAAUCUUUUACGAAAGAGUCUGUAAAAGACAUAUCCAUGAUGACUGCAUCAAGAUGCUCCACUGACUUCUGCCCUACAAACAACUAAAGGAACUGGUAGAUAGCUACAUCUUGUGGUGAUUGUUCAAAGGAGGACACUAGAAUUCAGCAAGGUGGGAUCAGAAUCCUAUAAAUACAGGAAAAAUUAAUGAAAGAAUAUGUUGCUGUGGAUUCAUUCUGAGAGGAGGAGCGUAGUGGGGGCAAGAGGCAUGCAGUCACCACACAGACCCCGGGAGUCAGGACAAAGCAGGCCAGAGGCGAGCAGCCUGCAGACUCGUUUAUUUCAGUUGGCAGCUGCUUAUGUAGCCAAGGCAGCCAAUCUGAUCAAGGGGUGGUUUAUGCCCUAACCAAUCACAGCCUGUUGCCAGGCAGUAUCCAAAGCCAUUCAACUGCAGCCUGUUGCCAGGCAGGCUCUGCUGCUAGUGGCCAUCUUGGCAUGGCCCUCAUUCCAUCACAUUUCCACCUAUUCGUUUAUUUUUUGAGCAAUGGGCGGCAUGAUUCUUGGCCAUACCAUUGUUGACCCUGUUUCCUUGGGGUCUCUGUACGUGGCUAUGCCUAUCUUAGGUUGUCCCCCAGGGGAUCUUACCCGUCUUUGACUAACCAGCCCUCAAAAUGGGAGACCACAGGAGUGCUUGCUCAGAUGGGGUAGGAAUGAGGAGCAAUGGUAAUCAGGAAUGGCAUGACUGCACGCAGGCUGUGGGCCAUUUGAGUGGCUGACCAGAGCUAGUGGAGUAUAAAGCAGUAGUGGAUGUGGCUAUGGGCAGUUCCUCAGGGCAAGAUGAUAGGACAGGUGUGCCUGCUAAAAAGGAGGACUCUCAGUCUUGUUCAGCUGGUUCUGGUUGACAGUUGCAGGUUGAUGUUUCUGGCUGGUACCCAAAUAGGCAUGUCCCACAUGGUAUAUGUCUCAUUCUCUCCUAGACUGUAGGGUUUCUGAUAAGUCAGCUGUGAGUCUAAUUGGAGAUCCUAUGAAAGUAAUCUGGCAUUUCUCUCAUGCACAUUUUAGAAUCUUUUCUUUAUGUUUUACUUCAAAAGUUUGACUACAGUGUUUACUGGUGAAAAUCUUUUCUGGUCACAUCUAUUAAGAGUUUUAUGUGCUUCCUGUACUUGGCCAUCCCUUUCAUUCUCCAAAUUGGGGAAGUUGUAUGUAAUUUGUUCAAUAAAAAGGUCUUCUAAUCCAUUCUCUCUUUCCACACCUUCUAAAACUGUUAAGACCCAUACAUUGAGUCCUUUGAUAGUAUCCCAUAAAUAUCCAACACUGGUUUUAAUUUUUCUGAUUUCUUCUUUUUUUGGUCUGACUGUAAAAUUUCUAGAGACUUGUCUUCUUUUUCUUUUUCUUUUAUUUUUUUUGACAGGCAGAGUGGACAGUGAGAGAGAGAGACAGAGAGAAAGGUCUUCCUUUGCCGUUGGUUCACCCUCCAAUGGCCGCCGCGGCCGGCGCGCUGCGGCCGGCGCACCGCGCUGAUCCGAUGGCAGGAGCCAGGAGCCAGGUGCUUUUCCUGGUCUCCCAUGGGGUGCAGGGCCCAAGCACCUGGGCCAUCCUCCACUGCACUCCCUGGCCACAGCAGAGGGCUGGCCUGGAAGAGGGGCAACGGGGACAGAAUCCGGCGCCCCGACCGGGACUAGAACCCGGUGUGCCGGCGCCGCUAGGCGGAGGAUUAGCCUAGUGAGCCGCGGCGCCGGCCUAGAGACUUGUCUUCUAACUCAGAUAUUAUUUCUUCUGCCUCACCGAGUCUGGUUAAAGUUUUCCACAUUUAUUAUUUGAUCUAUUGAAUUCUUAAUUUAUAAAAUUUCAUUUUGAUUCCCCUUUAAUUUCAUGGGAAAAUUUUCAUUCAUAUCACAUAAAGAUUACUGUAAUUCCUGAAUUUGCCUCUGGUUACUUCUAAGUAAUCCUAUAAUCAAUUUCUUAAAAUUAGUUACUGGCAUUUCAUUAAACUUUUCCUCUUCAGAUUCUGGUAUUGAUGUGUUUUUAUUGUGUGUGUGUGUGUGUUCCUUUGGGGGAGGGUCAUGUAGUCUAUGUUUGUUUCUUGAAUUUCUGCAAUUAUUUUUAAGCAUUUUUGGAGAUAUCUGUAGUUUUGUUUUCCUCUUGAUGGGUUUUAUCUUUGGACUAUGCCUCUAUGGCUUAGUGAAGUCUCUGCUCUUUCAGAGGUGUAUGAAGGGUAUUAACAGAGAGCUCUGUUCAGUGUUGCAAGGUGAGGGGAAUGUCCAAGGUCACAACCAAGUUGGACAUGCUAAAAGCCCUCUUUUUUUAUUAUUAUAGGUGAGGGUUUGAUCGGCUCUACUGGUAUAGUCUCAGACUGAACUCCUCUCCUCCAAGGCAAUGCCUUGGGUGCUAUCCCUAGUGGGGCAGUAUUCAUCCAUGCUGCCACAAGAACCACACAAAGUAUCAAUGCCAUCUUCAAUGUGAGCACAGAUCUCUCAGCAAUGGCCCUCCCAAGGCAAUCAGGGAGCCUGGGGUGUGUGUAGCUUCCCACAGCAACUGCCCAGAGACCCAGCCACACCUGUGCCCUCCUACACAGCCACAAUUUUUCACUGUCCCUGAACACAAGGCUCCCACAGUCAUGGGCACCCAGCCCCUUGUCAAUUCUCCCAGCCAGACUCAGGACGUCUCCUCUCAGGUGGCUACUGGUUGAAUGGACACAAGCUGGUGCAGCAAUUACCUAUGUCAAAAUGGCACCUACCCUCUCUCAGCUAGUUACAGGAUGCCAUUGUAAGGUGGCCAGGAGGAGAGAGAAACAGGCCCCUUUGUUUUUAUUUAGAAUGGUAGGUACACUGUCCCUCACAGGGCUCCAAGCCAGACUCAUGCCAGGCUCUACUCAAAGCUUUGUGGCUCUCACCUCACUCUCCAAAGCUGUCGCUGAGGCUCUUGGCUGCUGGGGUCCUGUGUUGUGUCUGUAUUUAUGCUGCAUGUCCACACCCUCUACUUAGAUCUACAGCAUCCUUCUAACUUAUAUGGAGUUCCCACUGCAGUUUUCUUCUUAACUGUUCCCUGAGAUUUCACUCUCUCUCUCUCUCUCUCUUUUUUUUUUUUUAAACUAUCUUGCCCUUGACUAGAGCAGUAAUUUCCAUUCCCAUUCUACCAUCUUGGAGUCCCUUGGAUGUCUCUUUUAAAAUAUAUGCUUUGGAAUGAUUUUCUUCCAGGCUGUGAAAUCCUUUCUCAUUCUCUUAACUGUCUUUUGGAGAGAAGUUUAAAAAUUUGAUGAAGCCUAAUUUGCCAAUUUUUAAUUUGUGGAUAGUGUUUUUGGGGUUGUGUCUAGAAAACUUUGCUUAACACAGGCCAUAGAGUAUUCUCCUGAAAUUUGAUUGAUUUUUAGAUUUACAUUUAUUUUUCUGGGUUUUGGUAUGAUGAGACUUAUAUACUGAAGUUAUUUUUCCAAUCAAUAAUCCUCUAUUUUUUGAAAACACUACUCUGUGUGGCUGACUUCUCUUUCCAUCUCUGUUGGCUAUUUGUGUAGGUAUAUACCUUGAUUUUUGAUUCUUUAUUAUUCUUUUGAUUGUUUAAUUGAUUUAUUUUUACUUCAGUCUGUCCUAUACUGUUUUGUUUAUAUGAAACUUGUUUUGAAACGUGUUUUCAAUAUCAACUCAUGUUUGCCCUCCAACUUUGUUCUGUUUUCAAAGUUGUUUGGUUUAUGCUAAUUCCUUUGUAUUUCCACAUGAAUUUUAGAAACACUUGCCAAUUCUACCAAAAUUUUCUUGAAGCCUAAUGGAAUUUUUGAUUGAGAUUACAUUGAAUUUGUACACUCUUUUGAGGAAGAACUGAUAAAGAACCAAAGUGACUCCAUUUUAAAACAAUAAAAAAAGCAGCCUCCGUUUCCCAUAGCAGACCCGAGUCCUUGUAAAAGCAGGCAUUCAGACAUUCCGGAGAUGUCAAAGCUUACCAGGGACAGCUAGUUUGGUAGGCCAAGGACAGCACAGUAGAGAUUGCUAAACAAAGUAACUCCCUGUACCCGAAGUAUCCCUACUGUAUGUAACUCUUUUUUCCUGCUGAUGUAGCCCUUUUUUUCCUUUAAAAACUCUCCCAAACAAAGACCGGGGCCUCACUCCUUCCUCUGCUGUGCCGGUUGGUUGGAUGGGGUCCCUGUCGCGGCUUGUACUCCUGAAUAAACCUUGCUUUUGCAGUUCGGUGUGAUCGACUCUCUGGGGGUCUCUUCAGGGAUCUAAUGAUCUGGGCACAACAUAUUUUUUGGUGCCCAACACUGACAUCUUAACUGUAUUGAGUCUUCCAAACCACGAAGAAGAUAAAGCUAGUUUUUGAAGUAUCUAUGUAUAUAAGAAUCCCCUCCAUUAUAUACAAGAGAAAAAAAACAGAUUGAAUAAUCUCUGCUUUGAGAUUAUUCUUCUGGAGUAUUUGAUGUUGGUAUACUCUAUCACCCAACUGUAAAACAAACAGCAUUUGUCUUUAAAAAAAUCUUUGCAGUCUGGGACCAAGUUCAUUCCAUUCUUUCCUCACAAUGAUCUCAGGACCACCAGAAUCUGUGGUUGCCAUGACAUGGAAUUUUUGUUCCUUCAUUGGCAUGUUCGCAGCCAAAGGCAUAGGACAUGGUGAUUUUGGAUUGAAUUUAACCGCAUGGUGAUAUGAAGAGAUUCAAAAAGAAUCGUCAGUAUCGCUGGUUCUCUCGAAAGAAAAAUACUAAUACGGAUGAUAAUCCAUUGACAGACAUUUUGGUGGUCCCUAGCCAGAAUGUCAAUAAUAGCCCAAAUCAGGGCAAACUGGACUCUGUCACUGUGGAAGACCCUAAUGAAUGGUCAAACCCAAAUGAAACAAUACCCAUUACUUAUGUGGAAUACAUCAAUGACAUCUCACACUCAGAAGACUCAAAAUCCAUUACUGAUGUGGAAUCCAUCAGGGACAAGCCACCCUCUAAUGAGUUGAUGCCAGUUGCCUCUGAUGGAGCCACCAAUGAAACCACCACGGUAUAUGAAUUCACGUCAACUUCCUGGGAAGGAGCUAUCAGUGAAAUACUAAAUACAGAAGAAUGGGCAUCAGACACUCAUGAGGAGGUACCCAAUACCAUCAAUGUCCUGUAUGAGUCAGAAUCCUCAGGGAGAAAAACCAAAGCAAUCUCUCCUUCACAUGGACCAGCACCUUUUGGUGAAGUUAUCAAUGAAAUUACUGUCCAGUCAGACUUGAAAACAUCCCCAAGUGAAUGCACCAAUACAAGCACCACCUUCAGUGAGUCAACAGCAAUAUCUGUUGAUGAAGGCAUCGAUGAAACCAGCAGGAUAAAGAACAUUGCUCGCUUAAUUGUAUCAUCCUUUGCAUUCAGAAUAUUUGGAAUUCUACUCAUAUUUGUGGACAUAUUUCUCAUUGUGUCAGAUGUACUUUUCAAUGAUAACACAAUGGUUUUGGAAUUUCGUUCAACUUCUUUGGCUAUUGCAUUCUUUUUUCUCUUUGAUGUUCUACUCAGAAUAUAUGUUGAGGGGAGGAAGCAAUAUUUUUCUGAUCUAUUUAACACCUUAGAUACUGUCAUUAUUGCAAUAACUCUCGUGAUUGAUACCAUUUACUUCUUUUUUGACCUAAGAAUUCUGAAAGACAUACCAAGGCUGGCUGUUCUGCUUCGACCUCUACGCCUCUUAAUUUUGGUAAGAGUUUUCCAUCUGGCUUACCAAAAAAGACAACUUGAAAAGCUGACCAGAAGAUUGGUUUCAGGAAACAAAAGGAGAUACAACAGAGAUGGAUUUGACCUGGAUCUCACUUACGUAACUGAUCGCAUAAUCGCCAUGUCAUUUCCAUCUUCUGGUAAACAGUCUUUCUACAGGAAUCCAAUUAAGGAAGUUGUGAGGUUCCUGGAUACCAAACAUCCAAACCACUACCGAGUCUACAAUCUAUGCAGUGAAAAAGCUUACGAUCCUGAAUAUUUUCAUAACAGAGUCCAAAGAAUCAUGAUUGAUGAUCAUAACGUCCCUACUCUCAGUGAGAUGGUGGUGUUUGCCAAAGAAGUAAAUAUGUGGCUGGCUCAAGACAAGGAAAAUGUCGUAGUGAUUCACUGCAAAGGCGGCAAAGGGAGAACUGGGACCAUGGUCUGUGUUUGCCUCAUUGCUAAUCAGCUCUUUGGUACUGCAGAGGAUAGUCUUUCAUUCUUUGGACAUCGACGAACAGAUCAAACCACCAGCACCAAAUAUCAAGGAGUGGAAACUCCCUCUCAACAUAGAUAUGUAGGCUACUUUGAAAAGGUGAAGCGUCUCCACCACUGGACUCUCCCACCCAGAAAAAUCCUCCAGCCAAACAAAAUCAUCAUUCAUUCAAUUCAUAGUGUUGGGAAAGGUGAUGGAAGUGACCUAAAAAUUCAAAUCAUAACAAUGCAACAGACAGUCUUUUCAUGCUCAUCUUCUAAGAACUGUAAGAUAUUUCAUGAUAUCGAAACUGACAGAGUCAUUUUUGAAUUGUUGAACUGUCCCAUCUUAUAUGACGACGUUAAAGUCAGAUUUCUCUCUCGGAAUCUCCCCAAAUAUUAUGACAAAUGUGCAUUCUUCUUCUGGUUCAAUACAGCUUUCAUACAAAACAACAGGCUAUAUCUAAGACGAAAUGAAUUGGACAACCCACACAAACGAAAAGCCUGGAAAAUCUAUGGUCCAUGUUUCGCAGUUGAGAUUUAUUUCAAUACUACAUGAGCCCUGCGCAGACCAGCUUCAUCCAUGCCUGAAGAAUUCUGUAAAGAAGACAGCCCUGUGGCCACAGGGAAUCACGUUUUCUUGACUACUGUUUCUUUAAGUACUUUUAUUAAAAGUUUUUGAGAUGACAUUUUUAAUUUA